GGGGGCGGCGGGGUGGUGAAGCAUGUUUUCCUGCAGUACGUCGGGGGAAUCAUGGAUCGUCACAUUCCCAUGCACGCGUUACCGGAAGAAAUCCAAAAGAUGUCUCCUGAAGAAACAGUUUGUAAAUACUGUGGCGUCAGCUACCUAAUUCUUCAUGAAUUUAAGGCCAUGGAAGAAAAACUGAAAGCAGUGGAAGAAGAAAUGAAAUUUUAUCAAGGAAGUGUAGAGCGAGAAAAGAGACUUCAGGAAAAACUGCAGUCUCUUAGCCAGGAGUUUGACAAGUACAAAACUGACAGUGAAUCCAAAAACAAAAGAGUUCAAGAUGCAAGUAUGAAGUUAAAAAAGCAGCAAAAUGAAUUUCAGAGAAUACAGAAAGAAUUAGAUCAUCAACAAAAUGAGCUAAAAAUUAAACAAAAACAAUCCCAAGUCUUCAGUCAAAGAUUGUCAGAAUACAGAUACUUCUGGAAUAAGACCCUUUUGUUACUUACUUUUACUAAAAGGGAACUAACCAGUAUUAAACAUGAAGUAUGUGAUAAUUUUCAAAACUGGACUUCGCUGAAAGGGGAAGUUUUUCUGCAGAUGAAAUCUCUGAGUGAUGCAGCCUUGGCAGAAAUAGAUAUGUUAAAUAAAAGUCUGACAGUUUCCCAGAGAAAUAAGGUGUGCCUGGAAGAGGAAAUGAAAAAUCUCAAACUGUUGUCAGACGCAGCCAUCUUGAGGUCUCAGGAGAUGCAGGCGUCCAAACAGCACGAAGUAAGCUUGCAAGCCAGGUGCUAUGAUCUGCAGAAGGAAGCCCUAGACUUACAGUGUCAAGUAGAGGCCCUUGGGUUGAGACUUCAGAAGACAGUGAUGGAGCUGGACAACUCUAAAGAGAUGCUCAUGAAAAAGUCUAAUGACGCUGAUAACUGUCAAAGAGAACUUAGAAAACUGAAGUUCGAGUCUGUCAUUUCUGAGUCAAGGCACAGUAGGCUACUCAAAGAGAAAGAAGACUCCUUAUUGACUUGUCAACAACUAUAUAAAACUCUACAGGAAGAGCUGACUACCAAAGAAAGGCAAGGGGACGAUCUAAAAAGAAGGAUCAACCUUGCGGAAAAUGAGCUAGAGAUGACCAAAACUCUCCUGCAUCGGACACAGGAAGAAAUUUUAACUCUGAAAAAUGAAAGGGAAUUGAUGCUGGUUGCCCAUCAGAAGAGCAUCGAGCAGAUGCAAGAAACCCUGAGACAGAAGCUGCUGAGCGACGAGAGCUGGAGAGAGAAGAUUGAAGCUGAGCUCACCAAAGAAAGAGCCCGGCAUCUCAUUGAGUUCCAAGAGCAAGCUCUUCUCUUUAAGGAAGAAGCUAAACUGGAACUUGACAUUGAGAAAGAAAAGCACCAGGAAGUAAUUCAGAAGUAUCAGCAAGAACAAGAGGACCUGCAGAAGAAGAUAGCUGACUUAAUCGCAGGCGCUACAAAAGACCUGCGGCUCGAAGUGGCCUCUCUCCAAGAAAAGCUCCACGAAUCCCACGCACGAUAUACUGAGGAAUCUGAGUCCAAGAGGAAAGAGAUGGAAGACCUGAAGAGUCUGGUUGCAGAAUUCGAGUGUCGCUUGAAGCAGGAAGCCAGCCGCGAUGACUCAGUUUCGGAAGACUUGAAGAAGGAAAUGAAACAGAAGUCAGACGAACUGGAAAGAGUAAUGCUGGCCCAAACGCAGCUGCUGCAGCAGAUCAACCAGUCCCAGGAAGAGAACACUUUUCUCCAGGAAACGGUGCGGAGAGAGUGUGAAGAACGCUUUGAACUGACAGAGGCUUUGAGUCAAGCCAGAGAACAGCUCCUGGAGCUCAGGAGGAGUGGAGGAAGCUUACGGUGUUCCCUCAACAAGGGCACCCUAACCUACCCUGCCACCGCAGUCAGCAAUCACCGCCAACAAAGCAGUGCGAGGCAGAACUGUGGACGAGGCACCAACCCGCCCAGCCUGCGCGGACUGCCAAAACCCACAGCUUCCCCAAGCCCAGAUAAGCUCAAGAAGGUCAGCAGCUCCGGACUGCCCGCCCUUCCCCAGUCACAUCCUCCCAGGGGCAGAACAUCUUCGGUGAAUGAGACCCGGCGGAGAUUGUCCGCCAUCCUUAGCCGGAGGCUGAGUCAGCAGUGAUGACCGGAGCCAGGAGCAGUUCUGUCCACGGUGUACACACCCUUUCAUAGCCUGCCAGAGGCUCGCUGUAACUGGGUGCCCGGAAACAUAACGUGUCUGUAGAUAUAUUUAACAAGGGCUGUAAAAAGCUAGGAACUUUCAAAAGGCUUUGGAAAUGGCAACAGACAAUGAAGUCGGUAUUCCAGAGGGCUGAUUUCCAUGCUCAUGAAUGUAUUGUACGCUCUGCGACCCUGGUCUUUUAGGCUUCUCACCCUAGUGGGUUUUUCUUUCUCCCUCGGUCAUUUCCUGUCUUCCAUCCUCCCCCUCCCUUCCUGCUUUCUUUCCUUAGCAAGCAGAUCAUCUCCACAAAGCAAAGUAGAUUAUAUUGGUGUUAUUGGCAUUUGUUCAUUUGGUUAUUAAACUGCAUAGAUGUAAUAAGUAUUUCAAAUAGAAAAGGAAGUCCUGAAUUUCCAAAGUACUUCUUUCAAAUCCUCGCAGAGCUAACAUCACCCAAUGUUCCUCUCCCUCGAUCUACCUGGGUAUGGAUGGCUUUGUAGGCUGGGUCCAGAAGUCGUGAUUGACAGCCUGCAGGAUACCACCCACCAUGAGGCAGGGGGCCUGCUACAGAAGGAUGGCUACUCCCAUUCAGGGAAAAGUGGUUUGGUCAGAUUCUGACUAUCGUUUCAGAAAGCAGAAGGCAUGAAAGUGUUUCUUGAUGGCUAUUUUCUGCAUUGAAGGAUUCUGGCACAUAGCUGAGUUCUAUUGAACUUCGAUUCUCCAGUCACGGGGAAGAGAACUAACACAAGAUCUCCUGGUAAAAAGAACAGAAGGCUAAUUUGGAUUCAAAAUUGAUUACCCUGAGAAAUGGGUAACCGAUUACAGUUUCUGUUCUCAGGGUGAGACUGUAGAACAAGAUCUGCUCUUUGAAGUCAUCUUAAAGCUACCCGCUCAUGUUGCUGUCCAUACCUAGGGCUGUGCUCAUCUGUCUUCUCCAUGGGAUUUUGUCUUUAUGUUGGGGGGAGUGAAAACCAACUUAGCCCCUCUGCCUGCUGAAACAUGGACAUCCAGCUUCCCCCUUCUCCUCCGGGGAAAGCAGUAACACGUGUGACUGUGGCACGCUCAAUUAUCACAUUUGCUGCAAUAUUGGUGAGAGAGGCCAUAGGUACCUGGCAGCCUCCCCACUGCCUAAGAGAAUACCCUGACUAAACACAAUCAAAGUUACCUCCCGUCUUUCUGAGGCUUGCUAGAGGGUUUUAACCACAGCAUAAGUCCACACCAGGUGCCCCGGUUUCCUGACUAUUUUAGGUAGGAGUCUUUCUUUAGGAUCAGGAUACUUCCCGUUGUCUCGCAGAGGUUGUCAUUCUUCAGGAGAGCCCAGCAGCAUAGAAGCGUGACUGGAGGGUGGACUGAAGGAGUAUACUUCGAGACGGGAGUUGAACCAGAACACUGUCACUCAAUCCCAGUCCUCCCAGCCCUAAAGGCGUCUUCCCAAGCCUCCAUCAUGAUUGUUGCCAGCUCCACCCACCCUGCAGUUAAUAUUUGUCCUUUUGUAAGUCCCCUCACUUUGUGUGUGAGAAGGAAAGUUGAUUCAGGGUAAAAUGACUGCAAAGUAACAAGUGUCCUUUGCUAAUUCUAGGGCUUCUAGCGAAUGCUAAUGCAAAUAUGCACCUAUUAAAAUAAGAAAUAUUAGUGGGUGUUUCCCUUCCUCGGUAUCAUCCUGUAUAAUGUGGCAGGGACCGGUUCACUAGAUCUCCUGGUUCUGAACUUUGUUUGCACGUUGAAUUAUAAAUACUGUAACAUAAGGUAGACGGUAAAGCCCGCAAAGGCCCAGAGCAUCUUGGGCGAUAAUCUCUACCAUCAGGUGAGACACGCUUGCUCGCUGUUUUGCAAUCUCAGCUCUCAUUGCAAGAGCCCCAGGCAUACAAUGAGUUUCUUUAUUUUUACCGUGAAUGUGGGUCAGUAAGGAAAGUCACAUGCAAGCUUUUCUACAGAUGUAAAGACCGCCAUUGCAAAACCUGGCUUCUUAGUUUGUUGAUACACUCUUGCUUUGUGAUGACUGUCCGGAACUCAGAAUGGAACCAUUGUCUGUCACACGGUUGUGUUAUAUGCU